AUGUCUCGAAUGGCCAAAGACUUUCUUGCGAUCCAGGCCACUUCAGUACCUUCUGAACAAAUAUUUUCGAAGGCAGGUGAUACUGUUUGGGCCAGACGUGCACGUUUUUCUAAAAAAAUCGUACAAGCUCUUAUGUGUACUG